AUGAACGAUCGACCGUACACAAGCGACGCAUUGCCGCAGGUCAUUUACUACAAACACGGUUUUAGGUACGUGGCAUCGUCGUCGCGCGCCGUGCCCAACCACAACUUCUACUAUGAUUUGGAACGGCGGUCGCAGGAGUUGGAGACCAGCCUUAAGGGCAGCCGGUCUUCGAAGCAGACCAACAAAUCUUCCGAGCAGGUGAAAACUUUUACUUUACUUUGCUUUUUAUGUUACUGUGGGUGUGGUAGACGUAUGAUUUGGGUUCUAGACAGUUUGGGUUCUUUGUGGGGUUUUACAUUGAUAAUAUUAGAAAUGGUGCUAUAGGGCAGGGUUAUUGAAGUAAAAAACGAAGGAUAGGUGGAAGGGGGAAGGAGAAGGUAUGGCUGCUAAAGUAAAGUACUGUACUGUAAGUUAGGGGAACGUAUAGGAAAAGGACAGUUGAAUAAGGUAAGGUAGAGUGGGACGGGGCAGGAUGGGGGUAUUUAAGCUAGGGGUAAGGUAGGGCGAUGUAUUAAAGGUAAAGUAGGUGCAAUAUGGAUUUUAAUUUGCAGGGAAGGGCAUUUAAGGUAGUUUAAAGCAGGGCAUGGUAAGGUAUCUAAGGUAGAGUAAGGUUAAUAGGGAUUUCAGUUAGCAGGAUAGGGCAGAGCAUGUCAGGGCAUGGCAUGUUACGGCAGGUCAGGGGUGGGGGGGGUAGGGCAUAACAUAGUGUAAGGCAGGGCAUCAUACGGUAUUUAAAGGUAGUAAAGGUAGGAUAUGGUAAGGGUAUAUGGAUUUUAAUUUAUUGGGCAGGGCAGUAAUGUAGGGUAGAUCAGGGCAGGGCAGGAUGGGACAUUUAAAGUAAUGUACGGUAGGUCAGGGUAGGGUAAAGUAGGGUAGGGUAGGGUAAGGUAGGGUAGGGUAGGGUAGGGUAGGGUAGGGUAAAGUAGAGUAGGGUAUGAUUAAUAUGGAUUAAUACUUUAUCACUUACCCAGCGCAUAAAUACACAAAACUAAAGUAAUUGAGCACACAUACAUGUAUAUAUUUACACGCUGCUUACACAUGUUUUUGUAUGCCAAUGUACGAUUGUAUAUACUAGUGUUUUGUGCGCCUGUGUAUGACUUUUUCCCUCGUUUGUGUAUAGGGAAUGUAAGCGCCUUUCCUCUUUUGUCGUAUUUAUAUAUUCACCUACAAACCUAUAAUUUUCACGUGUGCCAAUGGCCGUCUCUGGAUAGCUUUUAAAACUAUAUUUUGGAGAAUUGGGUUUAGUUUUUGGCCGCGUUUCUUAUCAACUUUUGUUCGAUUUAGUUAUGCUGUUUUGAUAGGAUUCUUUUAUAGUUAGCACUGUUAGCGAUUUUAUGCUAGGUUUACAGGGUUAGGGCGAGAGUUAGAUUAUAAUAAGGGUAUGUUUAAGCAAAGGCUAGGCACAGAGCUAGAGCUUGAGCUUACACUUGAGAGCUAGAACUAAAACUGGAGUUAGGGUUAAAACUAGACCUAGAGCCAGGACUAGAGUUUGAGCUUGAGCUUGAGCUUGAAUUUGAGUUUGAGCUUGACCUAAAGCUAGAACUAGAGCUAGGGCUAUUGCUAGGGCUAGGGCUUAAGCUAGGGCUAAAGCUGGGCUUAAAGCUAGAUAUAAUGCAAGGGUUGUGGCUAGAACUAUGGGUAGGGAUACAGCUAGGGCUAAGUUAGAGUUAGGGUAGGGUUUGGGUAGAGCUGGGGCUAAUACUAGGGUCAAGGUGAAAUAAAAUAAGAAGUAGAGGUAAGGAUAGGUAGCAUUAGAAUAAAGUAAAAAUGAAAGUCGUUUCUAGUGGUAAUGUCAAAGUAUUUUAAACUUUUUUUUAGUCUUUAACUUCUUAUAUUUCAGGGCAGUCAAAAGCGGUACCAAAUCCGGCUCACCCGGAUGCCGGGCCGCUAUUAUGGCGGUACCUUUUAUCCGGCGACCUCCAAAACGGUAAGGAUUUUUUUUUCAGUUUUACUGUUUAAAAGCUUUAAAAUUUUAAAUAAUGUAACGCUUUUUAAACUUCAAAUCAAAUUUUUUUUGAAAUUUUUAGUUUUGAAGGGCAAAAAAAAAGUUUUGUCGUUUUUUUGUUAGUAAAUGCAUCCAAAUUGACGACAAGACUUUUUUUGACGUUUUAAAACAUUAAUUUUACUGUAGGGAAGAGUAGGAUAGUGUAAAUCGGAUAGAGUAGGGCAGGGUGAAAUGGAAUAGAGUAGGGCGUGGUAUUGUAGGUUUGGGUAGGGUAAAAACUUUAAAAAAUUUAAAUUUCAAAAUGCUUUUUUGCAAAAACCAGAAAAACACAGUUAAUAACUCUAUAAUAGUCUCAGUAAGUAAUGUUACUUGGGUUAUUUAUCAGUGAGCUUAGCAGUUAAUUGUCUGCCGAUUAUCGGCCUAAUACCAUCAACAGUCGCCUUCGUAUUACCGCGGUAAUACUACUUUUCUAUACGAGAACGUCUUUUUUACAUUGGUAUACGAUUUUUUUUUGGUUUUGUAUUUAUUAGGUUGUUCAGAUAGUUCUGUGCUCCCUUUCAAUGCAAUUAUUUGGAGUUAGGAGGCACAGAAUUACUUGAACAACCUAAUAUAUAGUAAGGCAGGGUAUUAUGGGUAGGCAAGGGACGGAUAGGGUAGGGCAUAGACAAGGCAUGGGUAGGGUAGGGCACGGCAUAGACAAGGCAAGGUAGGGUAGGGCAGGGCAUACACCAGGCAUGGGUAGGGUAGGGCAGGGCAUAGACAAGUCAUGGGUUGGGUAGGGCAGGGCAAAGACAAGGCAUGAGUAGGGUAGGGCAGGGCAUAGCCAAAGCAUGGGUAGGUUAGGACAGGGCAUAGACAAGGCAUGGGUAGGGUUGAGAAUAGAAAAGGUAGAUAUGGCAGUUUUUUAAAAUUUUUAAAAUUUUGAAAAAAUAUUUUUAAAAAUGUCAUAACUUAACUUCUAGGUGUUAGACUAGGCGAAAAUUUGAGUUAUUAGUUGCUUUCGGCACACAGAAUGAGUAUAGAAAAUUUUAAGUUUAUAUUUCAACUUUUAAAAAUUCAAAUUUAAAUUCCCCGCCAAAUUUUUAUAUUGUUAUGAGCCUUCUCAAAAAAUGUAUUUUAAGCAAAAAAAUUACAGUUAUGACAUCUUUACCAUACAGACAAAAGUUGAAAAAUUUCAAGUUUUAAUUUGCAAUUUCAAAAAUUUAAAUUUAAAUUUCCCGCCAAAUUGGCAUUGUGUUUUAAAGUUGAUUUUUUUUAUAACGGAUCAAACUAUUAGGGUGUACACUUAAUUCUGCGCCCCCCCCCCUCAAAACAAAUUUACGGGGUAAGGGGCGCAGAAUUAUGUGAACAACCUAAUAGAACUAGGGUGUCGGCUAGUGCUAGGGCUAAAGCAUGGCUUGGGCAAGGCUAAAACAAGGCCAAUACAAGGCUAAUAGUAAAGACAGGCUAGGGCAACGCUAGGGAAAUGGAUAGAGCUAGGCUAGGGCAAUGGCUAGGUUUCCGGCUUUUUCUCAAAUUUAAGCUUCAAAAUAAAAAGGACAAGUGUGAGGACCUUUUUUAUAAAUACCUACUCUUUGUGUUCAUUUACCUAAAUAACUCUCUGUUCGUCCCCCCUCCCCCCUUCCCAAAUCCACCCCUAUUUUAACGUUCUUAAUCUCGGGACAAUAACUUGUCCGACGGCUUUGCAUAACAAAACAGAUUUAUAUUGCUGUAGAUUGGCACUUUACGUGUACAUUGGCUUUGAAAUUUAUAUAUGUCUACAUAGUAAAGGGCAAUUUAGAGUUACUGGGGCUAGUUUGUGUGGUUUUUUGUGUCUUUAGCCUUGCCCUUGCCCUUGCCCUUGCCUUUGCCCUUGCCCUUGCCCUUGCCCUUGCCCUUGCCCUUGCCCUUGCCCUUGCCCUUGAACUUGCCCUUGCCCUUGCCCUUGCCCUUGCCUUUGCUCUUGCUCUUGCUCUUGCCCUUGCCUUUGCCCUUGCCCUUGUCUUUUUCUAUUUGACCCAACCCUAAUAUAACGUACUUACAAACUAACCAAACCCUUUGUAGGUAUACUUUGUGCUGAACGGUAAUCCCUCUCAAAUCCAUCGCUGCCUUCUGAAUCCCUCAAAACCGCUGGAUUUGGACGUCAUUCUAGAAGAAGUGUCACAAGCCUUGGGCGUGGCAAUUUUCAAAAUCUACUCAUACGAAGGUGAACGUAUCACAAGUAUGGAACGACUCCUCGACCUCCGUGAUAAUAGAGUUAUUGCGGUUGGUCGGAAUGACAAACUGGUGCUACAAGGACGAUCGUUCAGCGAUUUGGAGAAAGGAAACUCAAGGAAUCUCUCCCACUCACUACCUCCCAUCCACUCGGCUGGAAACGGCUUUACCUCGCGUAAUCAACGCCGUAAGUUGCUUAUACUGAAUUGUUUUUAGAAGGUUAGACAGUGUAAAAGUGUAUUUAUAAGAAAGUAAGGGCUGAAGUAGGGACUACAGUAGGAGCUAGUGUUUAAUUUUUUCAGUGAAUUCUUGGUAGGAUAGGAUACAGUAUGCAAGGGCAUUGUAGGGUAGAGAAACAUUCGUUAAGGUUGGGCGGGGUCGAGUAGAGCAAAGGCAAGGCAAGGCAAAUCGGCAUAGGCAUAGUCAUAUGCAUAGGCAUGGCAUAGGCAUGGCAUAGGCAUAGGCAUGGCAUAGGCAUAGGCAUGGCAUAGGCAUAGGCAUAGGCAUAGGCAUAGGCAUAGGCAUAGGCAUAGGCAUAGGCAUAGGCAUAGGCAUAGGCAUAGGCAUAGGCAUAGGCAUAGGCAUAAGCAUAGGCAUCGGCAUAGGCAUAGGCAUAGGCAUAGGCAUAGGCAGGGCUAGGCAAGUCUUAUUGUCAUAUGUGGCUACAAAGACAGCAAGUAAACACAAAAUAAAAUUUUUAUUAAACUUAGCCACUCUACUUUUAGCUUCACUCAGAUACCUAUCACAGCAACAGAACUCGAUCGAACGUCCAGGGAAAUACAAACUGCCAUCAACGAGUGCAAUCGCGCCCACUCUCUCAAGAAAACAGUAUAUUGCGGCGUUGGCAUCGUCGCGCGAAACCGAUUCGAAUCCGGCGAAGCGCCGGCGCAGCGCUUCGCAGCCACGCUACGUGCGAAACAGUGAGAAGCAGCCACAAACGAGUAGUCGGCUAGCGAAUGGAAGGUUGCCGAACUAUGGGAGGUCGGGUCGGAAGGGCAGGGAUUCGAAGAAUAGCGACGGAGUGAGGAAUCAGAAGGAUAAUGUUGAGGAUGGAUCGGUGGAGGCUUCUAGGGCUUCUAAACGAAAGAAUAUUGAGCUGAAGUCAAGUGGCAAUAAUGGGAAUGAUAGAACGGGUCAAGAACAUCAUCAUACCUUAACAAACAUGACCUCAAACAUAGGCAAAACUACUCCAGAAGGCCUCAAUCCAGCUUCAGACGCCGCUUCAAACCUUCUCAAGACCGCCACAGAAACCACAACCAUCCUCAACACCGUGCACGCUACACCGCCCAUCAUCACGGAGACCAAGAAGCAAGGUAGUCGUUCUCAUACCGCUGACAGUGAUUCAGGUAGACCAAGGUCGAUCAAUCAUCUACAGUCGAGUCACAACUCGAGUGAGACCAACUUCGACAAAGAUACCAACCAUUACUUCGCGGGCCACGAUGGUGAUGAUGAGAUUGAAGAGGAGGAUGGGGAAUAUGAUGAACAUGAAGUGGAAAGCCUGGAGUCUGAUUAUCCUGAACCACCGGAUGUUGAGGAUGGUGGGAGGGAGGAUAGUCGCGAAAGGGAGGGGAAUGGCUUGAUUGGGAAGGAUAAUAUAGAGGAAAGUCAUGGAAAGGAUGGCCAAGAUAAUGAUGAUGACAAUGGUAGUAAUGGUGAUAAUGAAAGUAAUCGAAGAGGAAGUAAAACAACUAAAAACGGAUUAAAUGAUAACAUUGGCCUAGACAAUGAUGUUAAUGAUAACAAAGGUAAGAUCUAAAUUUCUAAGAUAAAGGAGGCAUUUAAUGGCCGUAUCUUAUCUUACCUAUUGAAUGACAUCUUUUAGUCUAUGUAUAACGUUUUUUAGCCCAUAGAUGAUAACACAAUAAUGAGAAAAAGUCAAUAAUGGCAUUUCAGAAGAAUACGAAGAUAUAGCUACCAUGGUUAAAUCCGCCACCGCCAUUCAAGCCGGCUUCCGAGGAUUUCUGGCCAGACGCAAGCUAAAAGGUAAUCAAUAUGACAUUUUGUAGAGUAGGGUAGAGUGGGACAGGGUGAAAAGGAAAAGACUGGGCCGGGCAGGGCAAGAAAGAAAAAGGUACGGCAGGGCAGAGCAUGGCAAAAAAGAAAAAGGCAGGGCAGGGUAAUAAAGAACAAACAGCUUAGGGAAGGGCAAAGCAAGGCAGGACAAUGACGGCAGGGCAAGACAAGGAGGAAAAGUUAGGGCAGGGCAGUUUACGGCUGGGGUGCGCAAGAAGGAAAAGGCGGUGCAGGGCAGGUCAGUGAAGCGCAGGGCAGGAUAGAAUAACUUAGGAUGGGUAUGGGAGGGUAGAGUGUGGUAGGAUAGCGUAGGGUAGGGUAGGGUUAUGUAAGGUAAGGUAUUUCAGGGUACGGUACAAUCGGAUACUGUGGAUUAGGGUAGGGUACAGUAGGAAUUUAAAAUUUUAGGUAUCAAUUUUAAAACUUUCAGAUACAAAACCAGAAGACGGAUCAGUGAUAUCAGACACCGUGGUGGACGAUCUUCAUCAAUCCAUGUCCACAAGUAUAGAGAACGACGAAAAAGUGGAGACGGCCAGACAUCUGGAGCCAAUGCGACACGAAGACCUUGAAAGAGCGUCGAUUCCAGAUGAAGACGCCGCGGAUUCUGCGAAUCCUGUCAAUUUGGUCCAUGAUGAAGAUGAUGGACUUCCGGAUAAUGAAGGACAUAGUGAUGAAAAGAGAGAGACGGCAGAGAAAAAUGGGCAAAUUGGGGCGAAAGCCAAUGAAAAUGACGACAAAACUUCUGAAGGCCACGAUAAAAACGAGGAUUCUGAAAAAUCAACCGACGAAAAGAACAAUCUAAUCGAGGAAUCAGAAGCUGCUGAAUCUCAGUUAAUCAACGAUGAAAAUAAACAGCCAGAAACAGCUGAUGCUCUCGAGAAUCAGCCUUCAACCUCGAAGCAAGCUGAAGAAUAUCGACCAUUGGAUGAGGUUGAAGACAUCGUGACGGUCGAUGGCGAUGAACUGGAGAAAGAAAAAGAUCCGGAUCAACGAAGUGAAAAGUAUUACUUCAAACUUCAGGAUGUGAACGAGCUGGAAGGUCACGAUGACGGCUCUACUGAGGAUGAUGAGGAUGAUCAGCUGCUGAAGAGGAAUGUGGAUCCUGAAGAUGGUGAGUAGGGUGUGGUAGGGUAGAGCGGGGUGGGAUAGAGUAAGGUAAAGUAAGGUAAGGUAGAGUAGGUUUGACUUAUGUACAAUAUAUCGUAUGUCAAGUUAAAAUUUAGAAUUUUUUGUGUCACGUUCCGUCUAUUUAUUGAUUUUUCGAAAAAAGAUUAAUUACUUUUGACAUAUCGUACAGUUAUUGAUUUUAAGAAGACAAUCAAUAUUGUAAAUUUUGAAAUGUGACAUUUCGUCUAAUUAUUGAAUUUUUGGAAAAAUGAUUUUUUUAAAUCUGUGAAAUUUCGUUUUGUUAUUGAUUUUCCUUGGUAUUUUAUGAUAAAUAAUGUAACUCUUGAAUUGUGACAUUUCGUUUAUUUAUUGAUUUUUUAGAAAAUUUCGAUUUGUAUUUUAAAUUCCGACAUAUUGUACUGAUAUUGAUAUUAUGCUGAUCAAUCAAUAAUUUAAAUUUUUAAAUGUGGCAUUUCGUUCAUUUACUGAUUUUUUGAAAAAGACAAAUGCUUUUGACAUUUCGUCUACUUAUUGAUUUUAAAAUUUAGUAAAUUUUUGUGGAUAUUAAUCAUAUGAUCAUUUUCAGUUGAAACCUACACAGUAGUGGUAAAAUUAGGUAAUAGAUGGGCGGCCGAUUCGGAAACCGAGCUGUUUGUUCAAUUUUAUGGAGAGAAAGGCGAAUCUGAGAAGAGUUAUAUCAGAAAUCAGGUUGGUUUUGUCGUUUUUAACAAUUUUUUCAAUAUUUUGCAAAUUUUUGAAAAUUCAAAAAAAUUUAUUUGUAAAAAAUUUUAAAAUUUUGUGAAAAUGUUACCUAAAAAGGUCAAAGAAAGGAAAAAAAGGUAACAGAAAGGAGUAAAAACCCUUAAAAACUUGAAAAAAAUGGCUAAAAACUAACGUUUAUUAGGUUGUUCAAGUAAGUCUGAACCCCCAUUCAAAACACAUUUGCAAAGGGCUCAGAAUUAUCUGAACAACCAAAUAUUAUAAUAUUUUUUUAAAACGAUACCUAAAACAAUAUAUUUAGUAUGUAAACUGGUUGGAAGUUGAUGGAAAGUCUCGAGACUCUUCGAACACAUUCAGAGUUCAAGUUCCGUGCAAAUUUCUAGGGAUUUUACAGAGAAUUACCGUUGGACACGACUCUGUUGGCUAUGGUAAGAGGAAAAUGAGGUUAUUGUAUAACUCGUCACCGCGGGCUGCGCGGAGGUUAAAACUUGGGUUUUUGAUUUGAUAAUGGAGUUUUGAGGGAUUUUUAUUUUUUUUUUGAAAUUUAAUUAUGUAAUUUAAUUUCUUUUGAAAUUUGUGGCUUUUUUGAAUUUUUUAAAUUUUUUUUUGAAAUUUUUUGAAAUUUGGGAUUUUUUUGAAUAUUUUGAAUUGUUUUGAGUUUUCUAAUUUUUUUUUUGAAUUUUUCGAUUUUUUUGAAAUUUGGGAGUUUUUGAAUUUUUCGAUUUUUUUUGAAUAUUUUUAAAUUUUUUUUGAAAAUUUAAAGAUUUUUAAUUUUUAAUGCAAUUUUGAAUAUUUAGAAAAUUUGAAUUUUUAAAAAUUUUUUUAAGUUUAAAAUUUUGAAAUUUAAACUUCCAGGUGCCGGAGUCUUCAUAGACACAGUGAUGGUAACCGAGAACGCUGUGAACGGCCGUGCUUUCCUUUUCCAGUGUUAUAAAUGGUUUGAUUCUGGCCAAGUUGAUGGUAAACUGGUUCGAACAAUGAAGUUAACAGCUUACUGUGAGAUGUACAGUGUGAAACAAGCAUCACAGCGAAUGACGAAAGGUAGAUGGCAAGUCACGUUGAGGUCGGGAGAUCACGCUGGGAAUGGUGGUACUACAUCGAACUUGUUGUUGGUUGGUACUGGGACUUUGAGUUCGAGUGCUGUUAGGUUGGCGAAUGAGAAAAGUCUGCAGAAUGUGCCAUCGGAGACUAUGAUGCAGGUAGGGGGUUUGGAAUGUCUUACCCUAGCUUACCUUACCUUACCUUACCUUACUAUACCAUACAAUACCAUAUCAUACCAUACCAUACCCUAUCCUACCCUACCCUACUGAAAAUAAAAAGUAAUUUCAGGCAGACUUCGGUGGGAUCGGAGAACUCUUAAAGCUGAGAGUAGAGAUCGAUGGUGAAGGUGAUGAGCCCAACUAUUGUCUUCAUGAAGUAGAGUUGAGAGACCUGGAUACUCAGGAAAGAUGUGUCAUUCCAUGUGCAAAAUGGUUGAAAUGGCAACAUACUCAAAAGGGGGAUCAACCCUUCCGAGAAGUCAUGACUUUCAGGCUUGGAAUGGAGGCUUUGCCAUGUAGGUAUUGACAUAUCUUUUCAAAAUUUAGGGAAACAAAGUUAUGUAUAGUACUUACAGAGUUAAUAUUUAUUUUACUUUAUAGUAUGUACUGAGUAUGUAAGUACUUAUUAGGUUGAACCAAAGUAGUGGGACACUAUUUAUAUAUUUUUCGAUUUAAAAAAGUCUUCCACUACUUUUGGGUCAACCUAAUAAGUACUUACAUACUCAGUACAUACUAUAAAGUAUUUACAUACUCAGUACAUACUAUUAAGUACUUACAUACUCAGUACAUACUAUAAAGUACCGUUUCAGUGAUCCACUACGAAGGCCGAGUCCACGUCUACGACCAAUGCCUCUCUUUCGUCGAGCACAUCGGCAGAAUGGAGCUGAUUGGAGACCUAGGCCAGACUGGCUGUAUCUUUGUAGACUUUGCCAAUCUGGAUCGAAAAUCCAAAAAACCGGAAAUUUCAUUCAAAUUCGAAGCCUUAAGCGUUGGCAAAUUGCACCGUGCACGCUUCUAUCUGGAACCAAAGACGAACGAAGCCGAACAACUCUUCAACGGCUUCGGAGUGCUUCAGAACAUCUGGGAUCGGCAUCUAAAUGGCAGCCUAUCACAACAUACUCUUGGUACGAGUGGCAACGAAUGGCUGUUGGGCGAUUUGACAGUACGUGAGGGACAACAUGUACCAUUUAAGUACGUACUCAGUGCUUCGAAGGUUCGGCCGAGAGAAAGUGAUGAUGAACCUUAUGUGUUGGAGCUGAGGGUUUCUGGUAAGUUACUGGAGGGUAUGGUAGGGUAUGGUAGUGUAGGAAAAAAGGGUAUGGUAGGAUGGUAUAGGUUUGGUAGAGUAUUAGAGAAUACGGUAAAGAACUAGAAUGUAAGAUAGGGCAAUAUAGAGUAAGCUAAAUUUGGCAGAGUACUAGAGAGUAGUAUGUUGUACAGUAGGGAACCAGAAGGUAAGGCAGAGCAGGGUAAGGCAGGGUAGGACAAGGUAGGGUAGGUUACUAGAGAAUACGGUAGGGAAUUAAAAGGUAAGGCAGUGCAGGGUAAGGCAGGGUAGGACAAGGUAUAGCAGGGUAUUGUGGGGUACUUGAGAAUACGGUAGCAUACGAAAGGAACUUUAAAGUAAGGUAAGGUAUUAGAGGGUACGGUAAUGUACUGCAGAGUACGGUAGGGUUGUAGAAGAUACGGUAGGGUGUUGUUUGGUACUGUAGAGUAGAAGAGAAUAUGGUAGAGCACUUUAGGUAGGAUAUUAUACUUGAAUACUGUAGGUAAAAAAUGUGGUACUAAUAAGACUAGUACUGAAUAGAAAAUUUUGUAAGUAAUCAAAAUUAAUAUUAGAAUAAAACAUUUUUACUAAGAAUUGUAAUUUGAUAUCUAAAUACUUACUUUAGUACUAAAAAUGAAACAUGCUACCAAGGCUUCAACUUAGUACUAAAUAUAAAAAUUAGGACAAAAAAAAUGAAGUAUAGUACUAAAAAAUUAACUAUAGUAUCAAAAAUUCAAGAAUAGUAUUAAAAAAUCAAAAUUAGUACCAAGGUACAAAGAACUUAGUACGGUACCAAAAAACGGCGGCCAAUCCGACCAUUUUUGGAGUGUAGAUUUUAGCGAUGGAAGGGAUGUCGACGCGGCUGAAAAAGAGUAAAGCUCCCCACCGCUCGCCCUCGGCCUGGUUCUUGUCUAUGGCACUGUCUGAGCACUCCAACCUCAUGCCCACCAUCACACUGUGCGGCAAGAAUUAUGCUACCGAAAUGCAUCCCAUUUCACAAACCGCCACCGAUCGUAUGAUCAGUUUUCAGGUGAGGGUGUGGUGAAGCUGGGGGAGGUUGUGUGGCGAAUCUUUGGUUUAUGGUGAGGUUGUGAUAACCUUCGAUGUGGGGGCGGUGAAUCUUCUAUGGGUGUGGGGGUAAUGUAAUAGUUGUGUUUUGAAACGUUAUGGCUAUCUUCUAUGUUAUGAUGUAAUGUAGUGAAUUUACUAUGUUGGUUUAGUUUGUGAUCAGCUUUGGUGGCGUGGCGAACGUUUCUACGGGUAUGGGAGUGGCGUGUUGAAUGUUGUUUGUUUCGGGGUUAUUAAUCUUGUAUGAGUAUGGGCAAGGCCGGACGCUAAGGGGGGGGUGAACGGGGGGGGAGAACCCCUCUCCCCUCAAAAAAAAUUUAGAAAAAAAGUUGAACGUGGUCCCCCCCUGUUGAUUUUCGGAAAAAAAUUUUUCGCAUUUUUUGGACCCCUGCCCCUAGACCAAAAGUCCCCACCCGGCCCCCCUGAGUAUGGGGGUCGUGCAGAGGAUUGAUUUUUGGGACCUUGUGGUAAAUGUUUUAUGUUGUGGCGUUAUGUAUUGUAUGUGAUAUGUGGGCGUGGCGUUGGAAUUAGCUUUAAUGAGGGCGGUGUGGUGAUGAGCUUCGAUGUGAGGGCGGUGUUAUGAACAGUCUUAACGUGGAGAUGGUGCUGUUAGAAGUUUUUUAUCUGGGAAGGCGGCGAGGGCUUGUCGCAAAAGGCUGGUGUCGUGAUUAACUUUACAGUUUUGGUGUGGGGAGGGAGGAGGAGGAUUCCCUCUUUCGUUGUCGUGUGCAGUGUUUUGCCGGACCGGUCCGGACCGGACCAAAAGAAAAUAGAGCCGGGCCGGACCGGAUCGAAAAAAAAGUUCUGGACCGGUCCGGAAAAAAAAUUUUUUUUAUUUUAAUAAAAUUGUUUUAAAAAUUGCAAAUAAAACAUAUUUUUAAGAGUUUUUAAACGUAAAGAAAGCAGUUUGAGCGCUCCUGGCUCUUUUUAAAAAUAAAAAAAAAAUUUUCCGGACUGGUCCGGACCGGACCAAAAGAAAAUAGAGCCGGGCCGGACCGAAAAUUUUUCGGACCGGACCGAAAAAAUUCUCAUCCGGACCGGUCCGGCAAAACACUGGUCGCGUGUAUGGCGCGAUAAUUGAACUUGUUGGUUGUAAUGAAUUGCUUAGGGGUGUGGACUUUUUGUUUUUGGUAGUGUACAGUGCCGGUCGGGGACUUUUAGUCUGGGGGCAGGAGUCAAAAAAAAUUUUUUUCGAAAAUCCACAGUGGGGACCACGUCCAACUUUUUUCGAAAAUUUUUUUUUUCGGGGUCCCUCCCCCCCCCCUUCCCCCAUUUGCUAUACAAUAGUUUCUCUGUGUUUAUUUUUGUUCAGGCUUUAACUGUGUUAGUUUGUUUCGUAUCUUAAUUUCAUUUUUACGGUUGUUCUUUAUUUUUCAGUCUUUUUUGUUAUGUUUGCUUAACCAUUUUUUAUUUUUUAUAUAUUUUUGGUUUUGACUAGUGCUUGGGGGAUAUUGAUGUUGGCAAUGCUGGAAAAAAGAAUGGGAUUUGUGUUUUUACUUUAACUUCAAGUUAUUCAACUUCAGCUUUCUUCGACUUCUACUUCUGUCGCUUUAAUCUUCUACACUCUACUUCAGAAUUACUAACAUGACUUUGAAAUUUAAAAUUUUAAACUUAACAAAACCUUAAAACGAACUUAAAAGUAAUGGCAAUUUUUUAAAAUUAAAUUUUAGAACAGAGAGAAGCGUAAGGAAGUAUUGGCAGCAGUGGCGAAGGUCAGGGUUACUGUAGCCAAGGACAGGUUUAUGAAGUUUGCUUCUGAUCAGGAAUUCAAUCCGACCGAACCUAUGUUACAUAUCAUGAAAGUAAGUGUACUAUAAGAUCGGAAAAAAUUUUUCACUUCGUUUUUUUACUGUAAAUCCAGUACUGUUUGUGAAUAGUGCUGGGGGGAUGGUUUUAUAGUACCGUAGUUAUGAUAUAACUGUAGCGUAAACUACAGUAUAAAGUAAGUACUCAAGACUACAGUAACCCAGGUAGCAAAAAAAGUUUAACAACUGACGGCUAUGUACUGUAAAUAAAAAUACGGUGUCAAAAAUUACAGUACUCGGGAACUUUAUACUGUACUAUAAGAUACGGCAUCUAAUGGUACAGUAAUUAAGAACAUACCGUAAUAUAAGAUAUGGUGUGAAAAAGUACAGUAACCAGGACAGUAUACUGUAAUUUAAAUGCGGUAUUAAAAAUUACAGCAGUUGACAACUGUAUACUGCAAUUUAAGAUACGGUACUAAAAAGUACAUUAACCGAAGGCUGUAUACUGUAACUAAAAAUACGGUAUUAAAAAGUAUUGUAACUUAUCCUAGUGUAAAAUACGCGUAUGAAAAUGGCUAAAAAUAGAGUAACUCAAAUUUAAAUACAGUAUUCAUUCUACAGUAACCUUAACUCUUCUUCAGAUGCGUUUAGUAGACAAUGCGAACGGUGAUGAGGUCCGCUUCCCCGUAGCCAACGUGAUUGUCACUCCAGAUGCGGGUAUCGUAGAGUUUCCAGUAGCGUGGCCAGACAAACCACCAUUGCUCAAUCUACUAUACGAUAUUGAAAUUACUACGGGUGCUUCAACGUUACCGUUGAAAGCUGAAGUCAAACUCAAUUUGUUUGGCGAUAUGGGGGAUACUGCUGCUCGAAUAUUGGUACCUAAUGAUCGUACUACACCGUUCAGGGCUAAUUCUGUAGGUUUUUUUGGGAAAAGGUUGGUUUUUAGGGUAGGCAAGGGAUGGUAAAGUGAGGUAUGAUAAGGUAGUAUAAGGUAAGAUAUGUUAAGGUAUGGUGAGGUAUAAUAAGGUACGGUAAAGAAGAGUAGGUUAGGUUAGUGUAAGUGAAAACUGUUGUUGAUAAAGCGGAGGUAGGGCUAUGGUAGGCAGUGUAGGGUAGAGUAAGGUAAAAUACGUUAGGGCAGGGGACAGCGCAUUAUAUCUAGGACUGAUAGAGAAGGCAGAACGGAAGUAGGGCAGAAGGGUAAUAUAUUGAAUAGUAAAUUUAGGUAUUAAGGACUCUGUAGUUGUUAGUUGUUAAGGCAGGGGAGUUUGAAGUACGAUAUGAUACGAUAAGGUAGAGUAAACUACUCCAGAGAAAGAAUAUAGAGUAAACUAGGGCAGGGUAAGCAAGGCUUAAGGAGGGGCCAGAGCGAAGAAACAAGGUAACUGCUAUGGCCAUUUAUAUAAUAAUAGGUUGAGUUAGGGCUUACAAUUAGAUAACGGUAAGCUCUGACAGGGCGGGGUAGGAUAAGGUAGAGUGCGCAGAGUAGAGUAUGUUGUGGUACAACGGGCAGAACAGGGCACGGAAAAGCAGGGCAUAGUAAAAUAAGGUAGGGUUAGGUAAUAUAGGGUAGGGUAGUUAAUAUAUCGAAAAGUAUGAUAGAGUAGGGUAAGGCAUAGUAAGGUCUAUUUUAUAAUUUUUUUUUAUUUUCAGACAUCAUCGUUCAAUUUCGAAGCGGUUUCAAUUGGUCUUCCAAAGACUGUAGAGGUAGCCGUCACUUCCAAAGCCAAAGAGUUCAUUUGGGAGUGUAAUAGAGUAGUGAUCAAGUCUUCGAUUGAUUAUGAAUAUGUCUUUGUUUUUCAAAAGUAAGUGGCGUAUCUUGAGCUUGAUUUCAAAAUUUUUUAUUUUUAAAUGGAGUUUAUAUUGAUUUAGCUCGAUUUUCAUAUAUACGAACCUUAGUUUAGGCUAAUCUUUGACUAGUCCUUUAGACCAAUUUUUAGCUAAAAUAACGUUCUUUAGAUCAGUCUGUAGCUACUGUAGCUAUAAUAAUGUCGUAUAGACCAAUCUCUAUCCAUAACAAUGUUGUUUUAGGCCAUUCACUGCGAUUACAAGCCGUCAAGCUGCAUCAUUGUUCAAAAUCGAGAAGCAAGAGGCUUGA